AUGACCCUCCCUGAUUCGUCCCGUCAGUUCACCAUGAACCUCAUAACUGUGCUCGGUCUACUGUGUCUACUGGUCUCAACCGAGGCCGCUAAUGAAACCGAGGCCCUCCUUUCCCGUCGAAAGCGGUACCUCACCUUCCCAGAGGGCAGUACCUACUCUUUCGCUUUCUGCAUGGAGUUGAAGACUGUGACUCAAGACAUUGAUAUUUUCACGGAGGGAGUGGCUGUGUCCGCUAACUACGAUCUCCCAUCAAAGCCGGAGUUACUGUUCACGUCCAAGCCCAUCCCUCCAGCACCUAUUCUUCAGCGGAGGCAUCGUAGAGACCUUUACAGCAACGUAGAGAGAAUACUAAAUUUGGCAGGACUGGACGGUAGAUCCUGUGUGCUUCUGGCGGUUUGUGAAGCCUCCCAGAGACUGACCCCCGGCAUCGGCCUACUGGAGGAGAUUGUACGGAUCUUGUUCAAGAUGCCAGUGGAGCAGAUGAGCAGAGACGAACCACACGAACACUGGCAGUACAGUACAGCCUACAGCAGUGGAACUUACAAUCUUGACUGUCAGAAACUCUACCCUAGAUGUCCCCUGUCACUUCUCUCUAUUGUCAUGGAUAUGAAACCUGCGAGUUUAGUGUUAAAUUAA